GCAACAUUACAGACUAACUAAAGUUGAAAAAGUGAAAAAGCAUAAUAGGACCCCUUUAAAGAGGUUUACAUGCUUGGCAUUGACAUCGAUAGACAGCAGAUGAUUUCAAAGAAGUCGCUGGUUUUGCACAACACUGUGCAGAAUGAAUUUGAUUCGUUUGUUUUUAAAACACAAGUGUAAUAAUUCAGAAAGUUUGCCCGCUCAUAGUAUUCCAUCUCAUUUUAAUAUUUUUAGAAUGAUUUUAUGUAUGUAUAUGUAUUUUGAUUGAAUUAUAUUAAUUUACCCAUGAAAAUGACUACAGAUAGAUCUUUCUUUAUCUUCAACAGCAGGACAAAAGCUUAAAAUCACUCCAGCCAAAACUUUGAUUUGUUCUUUUUCAUUUUUAUUUUAAUUACAAUUUAGUUCUCUGCAGUUACAACUUUAGAAGCCAGAUGAUUGGCAUGAUUUUAUACAGUAUUUCAGGGAUUUACCUAAUUUGUAAAUGGAAUGUUUGCUCAUUCUUUACAAACAGUGAUGAAAAACAGCUUACAUUUGUUACUCAUACAAUAUAAUGUUUUAACCCUAUAGUAGGAAACGAAUGGCCUGAAUUUGUAUUUUAACCAAUUUCUUUACUUGAUCACUUGAAUUUCAAAAGUGGAAUUAUGUAUGUACAUAAGUUGUUUUCAUCUGUGGCAUAAUGCGCGAGGUCUCAACAAUGCUGAAGAAUCAGUCAUGGGGGAUCAUGUCGAGUUGGUCGCUGGCUGUUAUGAGCAGAUAGUAUUUGGAUAUCGAGUGUAUCCUGGUGACAAGGAGUGGGCAAUUGAGCCCAACUUUACCCAUCAUGCACACACAGCAUCACUGACUUCAGUUUCAUCCAGCGACCAGUUCAUCGCCACUGGAAGCAAAGAUGAAACCAUUCAGCUCUAUGACAUGAGCAAGAAAACUGAACAUGGGGCUUUGUUGCUCCAUAAUGGUACUAUCUCGUGUCUGGAGUUUUACGGCACGUCCCAUUUACUCAGUGGAGGACAGGACGGUCUCAUCUGUGUGUGGAGCACCAAAAAAUGGGAAUGUUUGAAAUCUCUCAACGCUCAUAAGGGUCGUGUUACUUCACUCUCCGUACACCGUUCUGGAAAACUUGCGCUCUCUGUCGGAACAGACAAGACUCUGCGAACAUGGAAUCUCAUUGAAGGACGUUCAGCUUUCAUCAAGAAUCUUAAACAGAAUGCAGAGAUCGUCUUGUGGUCACCAGACGGAGAUCAGUAUGCAGUGGUUGGGAAUGAUCGAGUGGACAUUUACAUUCUAAAAUCUGCCACAAUUACUGGAACCAUUGCAUUCACACAAAGGAUUUCAUGUGUGAAGUUUCUGAAGAACACACUCUUGGCUGUGGGAGGAAACGAUGAGAGCGUGCGUAUCUAUGACGUGACCUCACAGAAGUGUGUCUGCGAGUUCAAAGCACAUGAGAACAGAGUAAAAGCCAUUGAGAGCUUCAUGAAGGAUGAUUUUUGUGUCCUUGUUACGGCAUCAAAUGAUGGAUUCAUUAAGUUGUGGAAACUCAAUCUUGAGAACCUUGAGACUCCUUCCCUGCUUGGCCAGGUGAACACCACUGCCAGACUCACCUGUCUUUCCAUCUGGAAACCUGGUGAAGCGAAAGAGACGAGUACUGAACAAUCUGCCCAGCCUGAAGCUUCUAUAGCUGUUGUGGUGCUCCCGAAGCCAGCCAAAGGUAAAAGAGUGAGGCUACCAGGAGAAGAGGUGAUUCUAGAAGAAAGCAGCUCCACAAAAGAAGGAAAAAAGAAGAAAAAACAAAAAGCGCAAUAAACAGUUUUAUUGAAAUCAUUGGUGGUCUUCUGUUAUUUACUUUUCAUGUCUUGCAUUUCAUAGAGUGUAGUGACUUACAGUGCAUUUUUUGAAGUCAACACUGCAGAGUUGUUUACCAUGAGCAUUUUGCCGAGUAGUAAAGGAAAAAACCAUUGAAUUACAGCUAAGUGAAAGAUAAAAUACUCUAUUUUUGUAUUUUUGUUCAUUUGUCUUGUUUUAUUUAUGUAAAUCAAUUUGAGAUGUAACAUUUAAAGGUGCUAUAGAAAAUAAAGAUUAUU